AUGCCUCAAGAACACAGAGGCUAUAACCCUUUCCACGGUUUUGAUAGUGGUCCACCCCCACCAAGAUUUGGACCGCGUCCUCAUCAACCCCCAGCAGUUCAAUUUGGAGGUUACUUGAACAAUUGGGCGCCAGUACAACCAUCACCUAUGCCACCACCUUUCUGGGGGCAGCCUCCUCGGCCUUCUCCAAUCGUGCAACACUUUCACUCCUUUCCUGCCCAUCCUCCAUUUCCCCCCUAUCCUCCAGCUUCGGGUCCACCCCAAAGUACCCAGCCUCCCGUCGAAAACCCAAUACCAGAUCUGCCAGGAACGGUGCUAAGAAACCCUUUUGGAGAACAAGGUGCCCCCUCUGAUUAUUCCAUCAUGUUUCCAGGGCAGUACUGCCCGAUACAUCUUAUCAAGACGGCGACCAAGCCCUGGGAGUAUACCGAACCGCUGCAUCUCAUAGAACAUGGACCACAACUGAACUUCAAUAAGAUUCUUGUUCCUACCUCCAUUAGUGUGAAGGACUUGAUGGCUGUGAGUUUCUCUGAUUCUAUAGAUUUGAUAAGAAGGGGAGCUAUGUACUAACAGGAUAAUAGAAUUGUGGAUGCAACAACCCCGAUGCAAAGAAGAACCGUGUAUAUGAGGUAACCGAGGAUGGGGCCGGACGGUGGAAGAAAGGCUUAGAGAUUGGUGUAAGUACACAUACCAUAAUUCAUAUCGUCGUGUUGACCGUUGCCCGUAUCCUCUCCCCCCAACCCUCUCCCAGAAUCUCUCAUAGAUUUCUACUGCAAAUGAAAUACUAACUCACAUUUUCACAGGGUGAUGAAGCAGACAAAGUCAAGAAAUCAAUCAGCGAUUGGGGUUGGAAUGAGAAGCGAACUGGGAAACCGGGUGCACCUCCAGUGGUAUGGCUUUAUAUGACCAAAGAUUGA